AACGUCCACCCUGCUGCUCUCUACCCACUGCCUCUGCUUCAACAAAAACAAAAACAGGAUACUUUUCUUACAUAUGUUGCAUUUUUAUUGGUUCACAUUAGUUUUGUCAUUUAAAAUGUAAUUAUUAAUAUUUUAAGAACCUGUUGGCAAUAUAUUUCCCAUUGGUAAUGCUCACAGAGAUCAAAAUUGGAAGGGACGAGUGUUGGUCUUUCUCACAUGGCGUCUCCAUCUUCUUCUCCGUUGAUGAAGAAGCUCGUGAGCUUCUUUUUAUCAUCUACUCUUUUUCUCGCUAAGGGCCCUGCCAACUCGGAAACGCAGUGCCGGCGUUUCAAGUCUAUCAUCAGUUUCGGCGAUUCGAUUGCCGACACCGGAAACUUGGUCGGCCUCUCUGAUCCUAACGAUCUCCCUCACGUCGCGUUUCCACCGUACGGAGAAACAUUCUUCCACAAUCCCACCGGCCGUUUCUCAAACGGCCGACUCAUCAUCGACUUCAUCGCUGAGUACUUGGGUCUUCCGCUUGUGCCUCCUUUUUAUGGAUCUCAAAAUACAAAUUUUGACAAGGGAGUUAAUUUUGCUGUUGGGGGAGCAACGGCACUGGAACGUUCCUUUAUCGAGGAGAGAGGGAUUCAUUUUGCAUACACCAACGUCAGUUUAGGAGUUCAGCUUCAGAGCUUCAAGGGUCUUUUGCCUAACCUGUGUGGCUCUUCUUCAGACUGCAGAGAUAUGAUCGAGAAUGCUUUGAUUCUCAUGGGAGAAAUUGGAGGUAAUGACUUAAAUUACGCUUUCUUUGUGGGAAAAGCCAUUGAAGAUAUCAGAGAGUUGUUUCCACUUGUGAUCACUACUAUUUCUUCUGCAAUCAAGGAGCUGAUUGGUAUGGGGGGAAGAACAUUUCUGGUGCCUGGAAAUUUCCCACUCGGAUGCUCAGUAGCCUAUUUGACAUUAUACCAAACACCAAACAUGGAAGAGUACGAUCCUAUAACAGGAUGUUUGAAAUGGCUUAACACGUUUGCAGAAGACUACAACAAGCAGCUUCAGGCAGAACUCGACAGACUCAGGAAGCUGUACCCUCAUGUCAACAUCAUAUACGCAGACUACUACAACGCUCUGUUACGCCUUUUCCAAGAACCAGCCAAAUUCGGGUUUAUGAUCAGACCCUUGCCCGCAUGCUGCGGUUUGGGAGGACCGUAUCACUACACAUCUGGUAAGAAGUGUGGCUUUGAAGGAGUUGAAUAUUGUAAUGAUCCUUCAAAGUAUGUGAAUUGGGAUGGCGUUCAUAUGACUGAGGAUGCGUACAGAUUGAUAGCUGAGGGUUUAUUUAAGGGACCCUAUGCCAUUCCACCUUUUGAUUGGUCUUGCCUCAGCUCUGAAAUAAAGUACAAACCCAACAAAGUAUUCUUCGAAGAACCACUGAUAUAAUUUGGUCUGAAUAUUGAGAGAUAUAAGGAAAAUAGUCAAAUACUGAUAAAACCAUUUAAGCAAAAAAAAAGAAAAAAAAGUUUCUCAGUGCAUUUUUGGAUCAUUUAUUGUACUAUUAUGUUGCUCAACUAAUUUUAUCGAUUUUAUAUAUAGUUCAUUUGAUAUAUC